GACCGCCAUUUUAAAAGCAGAAGCCCGGCGUGUAGCUAUAAAGUGUUUUUUGAUAUCAAUAUCCAGGAUUCAGGAUGUUUCUCACUCGUUCGGAAUAUGACAGGGGUGUCAACACUUUUUCUCCUGAAGGACGUCUCUUCCAAGUUGAGUAUGCAAUAGAAGCAAUUAAGCUUGGUUCCACUGCCAUUGGUAUCAAAACAUCAGAAGGUGUUGUCAUUGCUGUAGAAAAGCGAAUUACUUCUUCAUUAAUGGAACCUACAAGUAUUGAAAAAAUAGUAGAAGUAGAUACACAUAUAGCCUGUGCAAUGAGUGGCUUGAUAGCAGAUUCAAGAAUCAUGGUUGACAAAGCCAGAGUGGAAGCACAGAAUCAUUGGUUCACUUAUAAUGAGAAGAUGACAGUGGAAAGUGUAACACAGGCAGUAUCUAAUCUAGCACUUCAGUUUGGUGAUGAUGAUGCAGACGUAGGAGCUAUGAGUCGGCCAUUUGGUGUAGCGCUGCUUUUUGGAGGAAUAGACGACAAAGUACCACAGUUAUACCAUUUAGAUCCGUCAGGUACCUUUAUUGAGUAUGAUGCAAAGGCAAUUGGCUCAGGGUCUGAAGGUGCACAGUCAGCUCUUCAAGAAGUUUAUCAUAAGUCUAUGACGUUAAAAGAGGCCAGUAAAUCUUCACUAAGUAUCUUAAAACAAGUGAUGGAAGAGAAGCUUAAUUCCACAAAUGUAGAGAUGGCAACUGUCACACCAGAGAAUUACUUUCAUAUGCUAUCAAAAGAAGAAAUUGAAGAAGUGAUUGCACAGUUAUAAGUUUAUACAGAACUGUUUCAAAUUGCUCACUCUCUACAUCAUCAUCAUCAUCAUCACAGUGACAUACUAUUCUUUUAGCAUACCUCUUUCAUAACAAGACACUUUGAAAUUGGAGCCACCAUAAUAUCUAUAUUGCAUGUCUUCAGCGUUGCAUUAUUAACGGACAAGUGCCAGAUAUUCUGCUUGCAAAACUAUAUGUGGUUUCUGUUCUUGAAUUUUGUUAUUGAUAGUUAAUAUUUGAGGAUUCUGUCAUAAUUCAAUGUAUAUUAUUAUCUUUGCUGUCCAUGUAUGCAUACAUCAUAUAAACUUGUAUAAAAUACAAAAA